AUGGCACGUUCUAGAGGUGGUUCCAGACCAGCAGCAAGACGUCCAGCAGCAAGACCAAGUCCUACAAGAACACAAUCCCGUUCUGCAUCCACCAUGGCUGCACCAGCUAGCUUCGGUGGUCAACCAGCUAGAGCUGCACCAACUUCAACACCAGCUGCAGCCCCUACUGCUCAACAGGCAGGCGCUCAACCAAGACAGCCUGGUAUGUUUGCACAAAUGGCAUCCACUGCUGCAGGUGUAGCUGUCGGUAGUGCGGUCGGUCAUACUCUCGGUGCUGGAUUAACAGGUAUGUUUUCCGGUUCAGGCUCCGAUAAUGCUGAAUCCUUGGCUCCAAUCGAACAAAACGGCCAGUUACAAGCACAACAAAGUCAGUUAACCCAAGAUCAAGCUAAGAUGUGUGACUUGGAUGCUAGAAAUUUUACACGUUGUUUAGAUGAAAACAACGGUAACUUCCAAGCUUGUGACUAUUAUUUACAACAAUUGAAGGCAUGCCAAGAAGCUGCCCGUCAAUACUAA